AUGGCACCACCUCUCUGCGUUGCAGCCCCGGCGCACAGCGUCAUCAGCCUGUCGCGCUCAACCACCUUCUCCCUCGAUCCAGGCCCCGUCCUCCUCAUCCCUGACAUCGUAACUGUGAACACGACUGCACCUAUGUCUGCAUCUGCACCUGUUUCCACCGUUGUACCAACCGCUGCCGCUUCGGCCGCUGCAGCCAAUAUCAGUAGACUGGUUGGCACAAGAGAACACAACGACUCGCUGAACUUUAUGGUCGGCUACGAAUACAACAUGGCAGAGGUGAAGCGACUUUAG